AUGAGCUGGGCUUUGGAAGAAUGGAAGGAAGGCCUCCCUACAAGAGCUCUACAGAAAAUUCAAGAGCUUGAAGGACAGCUAGACAAACUGAAGAAAGAAAAGCAGCAAAGACAGUUUCAACUUGAUACUCUAGAGGCUGCACUGCAAAAACAGAAACAGAAGGUUGAAAAUGAAAAAACCGAGGGUACAAACCUGAAAAGGGAGAAUCAAAGAUUGAUGGAAAUAUGUGAAAAUUUGGAGAAAACUAAGCAAAAGAUUUCUCAUGAACUUCAAGUCAAGGAGUCACAAGUGAAUUUCCAAGAAGGACAAUUGAGUGCAGGCAAAAAACAAAUAGAAAAACUGGAACAGGAACUUAAAAGGUAUAAAUCUGAACUUGAAAGAAGUCAACAAGCUGCGCAGUCUGCAGAUGUCUCCCUGAAUCUGUGCAAUACACCACAAAAACUUUUUGCAACUCCACUAACACCAAGUCAUUAUUACAGUGGUUCCAAGUAUGAAGAUCUAAAAGAAAAAUAUAAUAAAGAAGUUGAAGAACGAAAAAGAUUAGAGGCAGAGGUUAAAGCCUUACAGUCUAAAAAAGCUAGCCAGGCUGUUCCCCAAACCCUCAUGAAUCAUCGGGACAUUGCUCGACAUCAGACAUCAUCAUCUGUGUUCUCGUGGCAAGAGGAGAAGACCCCAAAUAGACUUUCCUCUAAUUCUCAGAAAACUCCAAAUAGGAGAGAUUUCUUUGCAUCUCACAUUUUUGGGGAAGAAGAGGUGACUCCAAGCAGAUCAACUUUUCAAACAGGAAAAAGAGAUUUUAGUAGCAGUGGCUGUGAUAAUUCUAGCAAUUCUCAUCUUUUGGAUCAAUGUAAAGCCCAAAAUCAAGCAGAAUGUACUGCAUUGGAACAAAAGUUGAAAAAAUUGACUGAGGAUUUGAGUUGUCAGCGACAAAAUGCAGAAAGUGCCAGGUGUUCUCUGGAACAGAAAAUCAAGGAGAAAGAAAAGGAGCUUCAAGAGGAACUUUCCCGUCAGCAUCGUUCUUUCCAAACCCUGGACCAAGAGUGCACUCAGAUGAAAGCCAGGCUUACCCAAGAGUUACAGCAAGCCAAGAAUACUCUCAAUAUCCUACAGGCUGAACUGGAUAAAGUCACAUCUGUAAAGCAACAAUUAGAAAAGAAUUUGGAAGAGUUUAAGCAGAGGGUCAGCAAAAUGGAGCAGGCUAUCCAGGCGAGUCAGAUCAAGGAGGAUGAGCUGAGGAGAAGCAGUGAGGAAAUGAAAAAGGAAAAUGGUCUCCUUAAGAGCCAGUCUGAGCAAAGGGCCAGAGAAGUCUGCCACCUGGAGGAAGAACUCAGGAAAGUCAAAGAGAGUUUAAAUCAGAGCCAGAAUUUUGCAGAAGAAAUGAGAGCUAAGAAUACCKCUCAGGAAACCAUGUUAAGAGAUCUUCAAGACAAAAUUAAUCAGCAGGAAAACUCCUUGACCUUAGAAAAACUGAAGCUUGCCUUGGCCGAUCUGGAAAAACAACGGGACUGUUCUCAAGACCUUUUGAAGAAGAGGGAACAUCACAUUGAACAACUGAAUGAUAAAUUAGGSAAGAUAGAAAAAGAAUCCAAAGCUUUAUUGAGUGCUUUGGAGUUAAAAAAGAAAGAGUAUGAAGAAUUGAAAGAAGAGAAAACUCAGUUUUCUCAUUGGAAAAAUGAAAAUGAAAAACUAUUAAAUCAGUUGGAAUCAGAAAAGGAAAGUUUGCAGAGUAAAAUCAAUCACUUGGAAACCUGCCUUAAGACUCAGCAAAUAAAAAGUCACGAAUACAAUGAGAGAGAAAAGACCCUGGAGAUGGAACGAGAAAACCUAAAUGUUGAGAUCAGAAACCUUCACAAUGUGAUAGAGAGCAAGACCAUGGAGAUAGAGACACAGAAAAAAGCUUAUGUAGAAUUACAGCAGAAAGCUGAGAUCUCUGAUCAGAAGCAUAAGAAGGAAAUAGAAAAUAUGUGUCUGAAAACUUCAGAGCUAACUGGGCAAGUUGGAGAUCUCSAACACAAGCUUCAGUUACUGUCAAGGGAAAUAAUGGACAAAGACCAGCAUUACCAAAACUUGCAUGCUGAAUAUGAGAACCUCAGGGAACUCCUCAGAUCCAAGGAUUCUAAUCUGGUGUCGAAUGAGGAUCAUCACAGAAGUUGUUUGGUUUUUGAACAGCAGCCUAYAGUGAAUAAUUCCUUUGCAAAUCUAACAGGGGAACAAGGAACCAUGCUUUCCRAAAUAAGCAAAUGCCACUUAGGUGCAGACCAAAGUCCAAAGCAUUCAGCUCUCUUACAAAACAGAGUUGUUUCACUUGAAUUUUCCUUAGAGUCUCAAAAGCAGAUGAACUCAGAUCUGCAGAAGCAGUGUGAAGAGUUGGUGCAAGUCAAAGGAGAAAUAGAAGAAAAUCUCAUGAAAGCAGAACAGAUGCAUCAAAGCUUYGUGGCUGAAACAAGUCAUCGCAUUAGUAAGUUACAGGAAGACACUGUCGUUCAUCAGAAUGUGGUUAAUGAAACUUUAGUUGCCCUGGAGAACAAGGAAAAGGAGUUGCAACUUUUGAAAGAACAACUAGAAGCUGAGCAAGCAGAGAUUCAAGAAUUAAAAAAGAGCAACCAUCUACUUGAAGUCUCUCUAAAGGAGCUACAACUUUUAUCUGAAACCCUGAGCUCAGAGAAAAAGGAAAUGAGUUCCAUCAUUUCUCUAAGCAAAAAAGAAAUUGAAGAAUUGACCCAAGAGAAUGGGGCGCUCAAAGAAAUUAAUGAAACCUUAAGUCAAGAGAAAAUGAACUUAAUCCAAAAAAAUGAGAAUUUUUCCAGCUGUAUAGAAGAACGAGAGAAAAGCAUUUCAGAGUUAUCUGAUCAGUAUAAGCAAGAAAGACUUCUUUUACAACAGAGAUGUGAAGAAACCGGAAGUGCAUUGGAGGAUCUUCAUGAAAAAUACAAAGCAGUGCAAGAAAAGAACUCUGAAUUAGAAUGCUUACUAAAGGAAUGCACUGGCAUUUGUGAAAACAGAAAAACUGAAUUGGAACAGCUAAAGGAAGCAUUUGCAAAGGAACAUCAAGAAUUCUUAACAAAAUUAGCUUUUGCUGAAGAAAGAAACCAGAAACUAAUGCUAGAGUUGGGGAUAGUACAACAAACUCUGAGAUCUGAGAUUACAGACAUCCAAAACAAUUCUCAGAAUGAGGCUAAUGGUUUAAAGCAAGAAAUCAUGACUCUAAAGGAAGAACAAAAUAAGCUGCAAAAGGAAGUCAAUGACUUAUUACAAGAGAAUGAGCAACUGAUGAAGCUGACAAAGACUGAACUGGAACAGCAGCAUCCAGAUUUGGAAACAAUUAGGGACUCUGUGAAAGAAACGGAGAAUGAGAUAAAUAAAUGUGAUUUUCAGCAUCACAUGGAUCUUGAAGUUAAAGACAUUGCUCCAGGCAGUUGUACUACACAGUUUAUACAAUUAGAAGCUUUGGUGAAAAAUAUGGAAUUGAAACUUCAACAAAGUGAGAAGGAGAAAGAGUGCUUGCAGCAGGAAUUACAGACAAUUAGAGGAAAAUUAGGAACUGGAAAUUUGCAAGAUGAUCAGCCACAGGAAAUUAGUGGCCUUAAAGACUGUGAAAUAGAUACAGAAGAAAGGUACCUUUCGGUGCUUCAUGAAUUGUCAACCAGUCAGAAUGACAAUGCACAGCUUCAUUGCUCUCUGCAGACAGCAGUGAACAAGCUGAAUGAGCUAGAGAAAAUGUGUGAGGCACUGCGGGCUGAAAAGCUGGAACUGGUAUCUGAGCUGAAUGAUUCAAGAUCAGAGUGUAUCACAACAACGAGUAAAAUGGCAGAAGAGGUAGAGAAACUAGUAAGUGAAGUUAAAAUAUUAAAUGAUGAAAAUGGUCUUCUUCAAGAUGAGUUAGUGAAAGAAAUGUCAGAUGGUGAAUUUGGUGAGCAACAAAACGAGCAGAUGUCAGUGUCCUUGAAUCCUUUGGAUGACAGUAAUUCCUAUGAGCGCUUGACCUUGUCAAAUAAAGAAGUUCAAAUGCAUUUUGCAGAAUUACAGGAGAAAUUCUCAUCUUUACAAAGUGAACACAAAAUUUUACAUGAUCAGCACUGUCAGAUGAGCUCUAAGAUGGCAGAGCUACGGUCCUAUGUUGAUACAUUGAAGGCUGAAAAUUCGGCUUUGUCAGUGAAUCUGAGAAACUUGCAAGGUGAAUUGGUAAAGGACUUGAAGCCAGAACCUGAGGAGGGGCGUAAUCUGUCACUGUCCUUCUCUUGUGUGACAGACAGCCCUAGCCUGACAAGUUUURGAGAAUCCUCUUUUUACAAAGAUGUUUUAGAACAGUCUGGAGACCUUUCUCUCUUGAGUAGUUUAGAAGGAAGUAUUUCAGCAMACUUGUCUAACAUAGAUGAAGUAUCUUGUAGCCAUCUGGAGGAAAAUCUGGCAAAGAAAGAAAUCCCAACUGCCCCCAUGAAGAGUGUGGAAGAACUUGAGACCCUYUGUCAGGUGUACUUGGAAUCCCUCAAGAAUCUGGAAGAGAAAAUCGAAAGUGAAGGGAUUCUGAAAAAUAAAGAAAUUCAAGAGCUUGAGCAGUUAUUAAGUUCUGAAAGGAAAGAGCUCGAUUGUCUCAGGAAGCAGUAUUUGUCAGAAAAUGAACAGUGGCAGCAGAAGCUGACAAGUGUGACUUUGGAGAUGGAGUCCAAGUUGGCAGCAGAAAAGAAGCAGACGGAACACCUGUCACUUGAGCUUGAAGUAGCACGACUCCAGCUGCAAGGGCUGGACCUAAGUUCUCGGUCUUUGCUUGACUCUGAAGUAGAAGCUAUUCGGGACCAAAAUGAUAGYUGUGACAUAAAGGAAGAACAUAAUUCAGAAACUACAGAAGAAACACUCAAGCAGGAUAUUCAUCAGAUUUGUGAUAAAGAUGUUCAGCAAGACCUCAAUCUAGAGAUUGAGAAAAUCAGUGAGACCAAUACCAAUAUAGCCAGACUUACAGGAGAGGAGUCUGGGGAGAAGUCCUCAAAAACCAAUUAUGAGAUACCAGCAGAAGACAAAAUCCAGGGCGAUUCAGGAUGUAUUUCUGAAUUGGCAUUUUCUGGUCCAAAUACCUUGGUACCCAUGGAUUUUCUAGAGAAUCAGGCMUACAUCCAAAAUCUCCAACUGCAAGUGAAAGAGACAUCAAACGAGAAUUCGAGAUUACUUCAUGCAAUAGAAGACCGGGACAAAAAAGUUGAAAGUUUGCUACAUGAAAUAAAAGAGUUAGACUCAAAACUCAAUUUACAGGAAGCACAACUGAAGACCAAGAUUGAAUCAUGCAUGCAAUGGGAGAAAACAGUUGAGGAACUCAAGAAAGAAAAAUCUGAUUUAAGUGAAAAGUUGGAAUCCUUUUCUCAUAACCAGGAUAACCAGGAGUCAUGCCAGAGAGUGGAAGCUUCAAAUGGCUUUAGUUCUGAUUUGGAGAUGGGCACAGAUGAAUCAUUGCAUGAAGUUAUUGAAGGUAACAUAUCCCUGGCAGAUGACAAAUGGAAAGAGAAAUUUCUUGAUGUGGAAAAUGAGCUGAACAGRCUCACAUCUGAGAAAGCUAGAAUUGAACAUCAUGCCCUCUCUGUGGAAGCUGACUUGGAAAUAGUUCAAACAGAGAAGGUACGUUUAGAAAAAGACAGAGAAAMUAAGCAGAAAGUUAUUGUCUGCCUUGAAGAGGAGCUCUCUGUGGUCACAAGUGAGAGAAACCGGCUUCAGGGAGAAUUAGAUUCUGUGUCAAAAGAAAAUGAGGCCCUGGAUCAGAUGUCUGCAAAGAUGAAGGAGAAAAUUCAAGAGCUGGAGUCUCAACAUGGUGAGAGUCUUCAUCAUAUUCAGGUGGUAGAGGCUGAGGUCAAGGACAAAACAGAACUCCUUCAGACUCUGUCCUCUGAUGUGAGUGAGCUGUUGAAAGACAAAGCUCAUCUUCAGGAGCAGCUUCAGAAUUUGGAAGAGGACUCACAGGCCCUGUCUCUUGCAAAGUGUGAACUGGAGAACCAAAUUGGACAACUGAAUCAAGAGAAAGGAUCACUGAUGAGGGAAUCUGAAAGCCUGCAGGCCAAACUGCAGGAGUCAGAACAUGAAAAGUUGGCUGUCUCCAAGGCCUUGGAAGUUGCACUGAUGGAGAAAGGUGAGUUUGCAGAGAGGCUGGGCUCAACCCAGGAGGAGGUGCAUCAGCUGAGAAGAGGCAUCGAGAAACUGAGAGUCCGCAUUGAGGCUGACGAAAAGAAGCAGCUCCAUGUCAUGGAGAAACUGAGAGAAAGCCAGCGGGAGAAUGAUUCCCUGAAAGAUAAAGUGGAGAACCUUGAGAGGGAAUUGCAGAUGUCAGAAGAAAACCAAGAGCUGGUGAUUCUCGAUGCUGAGAAUUUCAAAGCAGAGAUGGAGACCCAAAAAACUCAGAUGGAAGAGAUGGCUGAAAGCCUGAAUGUUUUCAAGUCAGACCUUGUCACAAUUAGGGCUGAAAAAGAAAAUCUGACAAAGCAACUACAAGAAAAACAAGGGCAAGUGUCAGAAUUAGACGAGUUGCUCUCUUCAUUAAAAAAUCUGUUAGAAGAAAAAGAGCAAGAGAAAAUACGAAUGAAAGAAGAAUCUUCCAAAGCAGAGGUAGAGACUCUGAAAGCAGAAAUUGGAGAGAUGACCCGAAACCUGAGAGACUUGGAAUURGAUCUUGUUCAUACAAGGUCAGAAAAAGAAAAUCUGACAAAAGAGUUACAAAGAGAGCAAACACGAGUAUCUGAAUUAGAACUACAGAAUUCCUCAUUUGAAAACCUAUUGCAAGAAAAAGAGCAAGAAAAAAUACAGAUGAAAGAAGAAUCUGAAAUUGCAGUGGAGAUGCUUCAAUCACAAUUAAAAGAGCUAAAUGAAAAAAUGACUACAUUGUGUAAUGACCAAGAGGCCUGUAAGACCAAAGAACAGAAUCUGAGUAAUCAAGUAGAUUCUCUUGAACUUGAGAAGGCUCAGUUGCUACAGAGCCUUGAUGAAGCCAAAACUAAUUAUAUUCUUUUGCAAUCUUCUGUGAAUGGCCUUAUUCAAGAAGUGGAGGAUGGCAAACAGAAACUAGAGAAGAAGGAUGAAGAAGUCAGUAGGCUAAAACAUCAAAUUCAAGACCAAGAACAACUUGCCUCUAAACUGUCCCAGGUGGAAGGAGAGAAGCAACUUUGGCAGAAGCAAAAAGCAGAACUGGGAAAUGUGACAGUGGAAUUGGAGCAGAAAGUUCAAACGCUGCAAUCCAGAAAUGACACUUUGCAGGACACCUUCCAAGCACUGCAGCACUCUUAUAAGGAUCUAGAGAGUGAGCUUGAACUAACAAAAAGGGAAAAAAUGUCUUUUGUUGAAAAGGUAAACACAAUGACUGCGAAGGAAACUGAACUUCAGAGGGAAAUGCACGARAUGGUACAGAAAACAACAGAGCUGAAGAAAGAAUUUAGUGAAGAGAAGAGCAGGCUAACUGAAGAAUUGAAGGUGAUGUUGGAAGAACUAAAUAACAGCAAAAUGGACCAUCUAAAAUAUGUAAAUCAGCUAAAGAAGGAAAAUGAACGUGCCCAGGGCAAAAUAAAAUUGUUGCUCAAAUCCUGUAAACAGCUGGAAGAGGAAAAGAAAACACUGCAGAAACAGCUCUCUCAACUUGAAGAUGCACAGAAGCAGAAGACAGGCAAUGUUGUGGAAGCUAAAGUGGAUGAAUUAAUGACUGAGCUCAAAGAGCUAAAAGAAACUCUUGAAGAAAAAACCAAGGAGGCAGAUGAAUAUUUGGAUAAGUACUGUUCCCUGCUCAUAAGCCAUGAAAAUCUGGAGAAAGCAAAAGAGAUGUUAGAAACACAAGUUGCUAGUCUGAGUUUACAGCAAUCUAAACGUGAUCUCAGAAGUUCUCCUUUGCUAACUUCACCCGUUCCAGGACCAUCUCCAGCCUCUUCUGUUAGAGAAAAGAAGUCAUCAUCUGGUCAAAAUAAAGCUUCAGGCAAGAGGGAAAGGUCCAGUGGGAUUUGGGAGAAUGGUGGAGGACUAACACCUUCCACCCCAGAGAUGUUUCCUAAAAAAAUUAGAAAAACCAGCAAAAGUGGGGUUCAACCUGCUGAGGAUGAAGAAGAGACUGAAUAUGAGCCAGAGGGACUCCCUGAGGUUGUGAAGAAAGGGUUUGCUGACAUCCCAACAGGAAAGAUUAGCCCAUAUGUCCUGCGGAGAACAACAAUGGCUACUAGGACCAGUCCUCGYCUUGCUGCACAGAAGUUAGCCCUGUCACCCUUAACUUUGGGCAAAGAAAACCUUGCAGAAUCCUCCAAACCAACAGCUGGUGGCAGCAGAUCACAAAAGGUCAAGGUUGCUCAACAGAGCCAUGGUGGUUCAGGCUCUGCCUUCCAAGAGUCCACCACGAAAUCUCUGUCUGUCAAUCAUCUUCCUGAGAGAAGUUCAGCUGUCAACCCCAGAGAGGGCCUGAGAGCCACUCGAGGCCAUCCUGYCCCAAGCCCAGGUGCUGCACCUGAGCCCAGGAGUAGUGAGAACUGCAAGGUCCAGUGA